GCAUGAGCGGCGAGGCGCUUCGCGUUACGGCAGGGAACCAGUUGGGCCAAUUGACCCUUUCCUGCUGGAGCGAGCGCCCCUUCUCACGACCCUCUUCUUCCAGGCCUGCUCUCCGUGCCGCUGAACAUGCGGCUACAUCCUCUUUGGGCCGCCGUCGGCCUUUUCUUCUCCGCCUUCCCGUUAUUCUACCUCUUGAACACCACAGCGUCCUUGCACAACCCUCUGGUUAUUGCAGUAGUUGGCGUUACUGUUCUGUCGUUUGUUCUGAUUUAUCUCCCAAACUGCUCCUAUGAGGAUCCUCUCUUAUAUGUGUUCAUGGUGUUUUGCUUCAUUGCUGGUGUUGAUGUGGUGAUCGCUUUGGAGGAAGACGGCUACACGAGCAACUUUGCCGAUUUCUACAUCAGAGAGGGUUAUCUUGGCACAGCAUAUGGCAUCAUGAUCUCCUACUGGCAUGCUGUGGUGAACUACGCCAUGUAUCUCAUCAUGAUUGCAGCCAUUGUUCAAAGAAAGAGUUACCGGAACAUUGGCCUCUAUUGGGUUGGAUCCUUCACCAUGGCCUUUGUGGUCUUCCUGCUGGGCAGUGUGAUUGGGAAAUACAGCUCUGAGAUCCGACCAGGCUUUCUGCUCAACCUUCCUUAUCUCAUUAUACCCGUCUGGGCAGCCAAAAGAUUCUUUGCUCAGUCCAGAACCUGCCCUCUGCCAACAGCCGAUCAGGUGGCAGCAGAACAACACAAAAACCUGAUCCAGCGCCCUAUGGAUCUGGGAUUGGUAGGAUUCCUCCUCGUGGCUGCGCUCUACACACUCUUCCGAGGAUUGGUUGUUCUGGACUGCCCAGCUGAUUCCUGCUUUGACUAUGUUUAUCUGCAAGAACCAUACCUUCGUGAUCCAGUGGCCUAUCCCAAGAUUCAGAUGCUGGUGUAUCUAUUUUAUGGCCUGCCAUAUUUCUGCAUCUGCAUCUAUGGAUUACUCGUUCCCGGAUGCACCUGGAUGGGGGACUGGGCCUUGAUUUUUGCUGGGGCUGUCGGACAGGCCCAGUUUUGCCACGUUGCCGCUUCCGUUCACUAUCGCACUCCGUUUCCAUAUCGCAUCCCAGAUAGAGGAUGGUGGUUUGUUGUCCUAUGCAACGUAGCCUACGCAGUGGGCCCGCAACUCUUAGCUUUACGCUGUCUCUACAACCCUGCCUUUUUCUGUUGCCCAGUUUCCCGGGCCGAAGACAAGAAGAACCAGUGAAAAAAGGAAACCUUGCGCUCACUGUUGCUCACAAAUCCAGUGGUGUUACACACAGGUGCCUCCUUGGACAACCCCAGUUCUGACAGGGUUUUAAGUAUCUUGGGGAGGUCCAAACCAUUCUGGGGUUCUUGUACAGCCUAAGCCAACCUUGUUUUGUCUGCAUGAUGCCCUUGAAGCUGAUUUGAAACCGUGAAAUCAAAGAUGUUCAUCUGUCUAUAGCAGAUCCUUUUAUUACCAAGUGGCGAACAAGGUUAACAUAAAGGCAUGGUGUUGUGACGUCCUUACGAAACUACUCUGAGAUUUUUGGGGGGUGCUGGGGGAUGUGGAAUACAGAAGAGCGAGAGAGAUCCGGGAGCCACUGAGGAUGUAAUUUGAAGAAGCUGGCUAUGCUGGUACCCCACCCAUUUUCUUCUUCCUCUUCUGGAAGAGGAGGGGUACUAAUGGGUGAACCAAAGGAUCCUGUUCAUAAAGCAGAAAUGGGCACCUGGAGCAGCUCCAAGAAGUCACUGUUUACAGAAUUAGAAAGGGAAAAAGUGGGAUUAAUAUAUGACUUUUAAAGUG